CUAGCCAUAGUGUCACAAUAAGUAUAGAUAAAAACAGAAUAUGAAACUAGAUGGUUACAAGAAGAUAUUGAAUGGUAGAUAAUUUGCUUCUAAAUAAAUCCAUAGAAAAAGCGUUUUCCUAUCAAACCACUUAAAAAAUUGUUUAUGAAAAUCACCAUGUUGAUGUUUGAUGGCAUAGAGUUUCAACAUCAAUAUUUAUUUUAUACAUUCAUAACCUCACAUGAAGUAAAGCUGCAAAUGCCCCUUGACUGUGACAUCAUCAUCAUCAUUACAUUUACAUUUAAUAACCCUUUGGGUCACACAAAUGUCUGCCCAGUCAACUACAACAAAGUUCUUCCAAUUGUUUCAUUGUUUGCCAGGCAAUAAAUUUAUGGAAAAGAUUGUUGUCUCUUAACUACUUACAUAGUGUGUUGAAGUGUCACCAUCUUGGUUUUCAGAUAUUUUAAAUUUCACCAUUCUAUCAUCUGCCAAGCUUUUCAUUGUGACCUUCACAAUCGCACCUGCAUGUGAAAUUUUUAAAAGAUAUCUAACGAUAAUUGGUUGUUCCCCUUUUUAUGAAUUUCAGAAUUGUUGCUAAUGGUUAUUUUGCAGCAAUGACUUCCGUAGAUUGUGUACCAAAGUCACUCUGCAGAUCUUGUGAUGCUUUUGGAUAUUAGCAUUGUUCCCAUCUGUUGAAAUUAAAGUACAAGCUCUAUGGUUAGUGAUAAUGCACUUUGUUAUUUUAUUUUAUAUCUCAUAGAAAAACAGAACAUUUAAUGUAGUAUCAGAUGUUAGAAACUUAAAUUCAGUGUAAUGACACUUGAUGGAGGUGUAAUUGAGUGUAAUUGAGUGUAAUUGAAAAAUAUUGUAUUUAUAGAUCUCAAACACUCUAGAUAACAUGUAGAAGAAGUGGUUAACUCAUUUGAUCUCAGGAGAAGAAAGGACGAGACAAACAAUAAGAUAUCAGCUUAAUGACAAUACUGUUAUCAUAAAAGCAAAAACAACGGCGUCAGAGAAGGUGCGUGGGGGAUCUACCGUCACUUGCGCCUUUUGAUAGGAGAAGAAAGGGAGUCAUUUUUAUUGAACACCCACUUAUUACAUGUUCAUUUCUUUCCUCGAUUUCCUCAUGUUAACAGGUCAAUUCUAUGGAACACAUGCUUAUUACUUGUUCAUUUCUCUCCUUAAUUUCUUUAAUUGAAGUAUAUAAAGUUAUUAUCAUUUUCCAGUACUUGUUUCUUAUAUUAAAGUUCUUUUCUUCUUAUAUCAUACAGUUCUGUUGCAAUUUGAUGAUAAAGAUGAAAUAAUGAACUGUCCUUAAAUCUCUGCAGCCACAUGAACUCCGCCAAGUAGUCUGGUAUAAGCUCCUGAUUUGUUGAAACUUGAAUUUAUUUUAGCCCGCUGCCGCAUCGCUUCUACAUGAUUUGUAGUGGUACUGGUGACUGGGUCAACAAGAUUGUAGGUGUUGUUCACAAUCAGAUGUUGAUAGCCUAUGUUUCCUAUUUGGUGGUAUGCUUGCCACAUGUCCGAAUAGACAAUUGAGCCAGGCACUACCCACGUUUGAAUAAUUGGUAAUAGGGUCACAGCAUCCCUUCAAGGAACCAGGAACCCCUUUUUGUUGACCUCGUCAUAGCCUCCAAAGAACAAAUUUUGUGGAAGAAUUCUGCCGCGAUUGUACUUUCUUUUGGAGAACAGCCUCUUGUUGAUCUUGACGACUCGGCCAGGUUCUCCAAUUUGCUGAGGGUUGUUAAGAAAGUGCUCCACACAGACAUUGCGUCAGAAUUGUUCCCAGUCCACCACUGUUUGCUCACUUUUGAUAUCCAGUUCUUUUAAGUUCAGCUUUUGGGACAGGCCUGUCCUUCCGUCCACAGUCUAGGAUCCAAAAAUAUGUUAGAGCUAUUGUUUGCAAUAACUUGAGCCUCGAUAAAAACUACCCUUCCUCAAGUUUUAUCUUCUCCGACAUUGUGGGCACUGCCAUGUCAUUCCAUCUAGGGAUCUAUUGAGGGCCCCCUUGAUACAUUCUAUGUGGUAGUUCUCAUACAACAUCCUUCGCCCAAGAAGCCCACUCUGCCUCCAUCAAGCAAUGGUGUCAGGAUGUUCUCUGUGAACUGUCAGCAUAUCCCAAAUAAUGUGAUUGAGUCGAACUCAUUGAAAUUGGACACAAAUCUUGCCAUUUUCUUACUGGUAUUUCCGCCGACAGUUCUCCAAAGUGACCUGCUAUUAGUUGCGAAUGCACUUAUAACUUGUGUGCAAUUGUUGCUAAUUUUAGCACCAGACAAGCCAACACACCCCAGUGAUUAACACAUAGGUGCUAGUGGUUUGAAACACUAUCCAUUUAAUUGCUCUGGAAUCGGGGAAUCAGGUAAUUAGCGAAUAUUGAAACCAGUAAGCCAAUUUACCAGUGUUAUACCUUGCAUGAAACGUCUUUGCAUAAAUACUUUAUCUCUAAGACCAAAACACGCAACAGUGCAAUACAUUUGGUUAGAUUUCAAGAUAUACCAAAACUCCAGCCAAAUAAGGAAAAUUAGAAUGCAUCCAUGGCUACUGCCCUUCCAACAGCGAGGCACCUUAAAUCAUAUAUAACUCAUCAGUCGAGAAUGGUGUUUCCCUGAUCUUAGGAAAUUGGGGAAAGUCACCCCAAAUUAUAAAUCUGGACCAAAAACUGAUCUAGCAGCACCGAGAAGGACAAGUCUCACUACAAACACUACAAAGUUUCAAAGAGCCUAGUCUGGAUAAGGUUAAAAUAUCAAGUUGUUUACUGUUGAAAUACGAAAAUGUGCAAAAAAGGUGAUUUCAUGGAUAAAGUCACAUUCAAGUCACAUUCAAUUAACUUUAAACAAUCUUUUGGUGUUACAAAACUUGUAAAUGGCUUUGAAAAAAGCAAACAUUUAGUGAACUAAAGCUUUUCGUCUGACACUCUUCAGAGUUUAAAACGUCAGAACAUAGAUCGAAAACUCUACGCUAAGAAAUAUAUAUACCCAGUUUUGGAUCGAAAUAGGCUAAUCAGAAACACGAGCACAUGACUGUAAAGGUUGACCAAUCAGUGCCGCUUGCCUAUUAGAAUGUUAACAGUGGAGUCCUAAGGUGAAAACGAACUCCUUUUGUCUACACAGUAGCGAUUUUUUCGUGCUUAUGUAGAUAGAUUCUAAAACUGCUAGGUGGAACGACAAUCGGGCUUUACCAAUAAUCCGAAACAUGUUGCCAUUAUAGUUUUUUGCACAAUCUGGGUUUUCUAGCAAAUGCUGCCCGAUAGCAGAAUCGCAGGUUUUAGUAGUAAUUUUGGAUUUGCAAGACCGAGGUGGCUGUUCUCUUUGGGGAUGUGUUUUUUUUCUAAUAUUAGAUGGAACGUGUUGUUUUAUCAUAUCCUCCAAUCUUUGGGUGGUGCGUCCUACGUAGCCAGAAUCACACUGGCACGUAAAUUCAUAAACAACAGAACUUUUUUUGUGGCAGGAACGCAGUCGGCCUUUUUUGUACUGUAAAAAACACGUGGGUUAACCGCGAAGAAACCGCUGAGGUACACAAAUGAGGUGCAGAGGUACACAAAUGAAGAGAUUGAGGAUCUCAACGCAUUGGUUAAGCUUAGAGGUAAGCCGAAUCGGCCAGGUUCUCUUUAUCCUUUCUCAGUUUAUGUUUCACUAAUCGGGUUGCACCUAAAUUCAUCACCGCUUGUAUUUCUAAUUCUGGUGUUAGACACAGCCCAACCAUUGAGCGCGCUUUUCUACAAGAUGAAAUUCAGAAAACUAGAACUAAUAUUCUGAAUCUAAAACGUUUAUACACACGCCAAUGGUCUAAAACGCGUCUGUUUCUCACAUUCUUUGAUAAUUUUCGACUUUGCCGCUACUUUCCUGAAAUUGACCAGCGGAAGCUAAAACAGACUACAGAAAAACAUGAUAGGAACAUUGGCAUGCUAGUUAGGAAAAGUUUUGGCGGCUUGAUGAGUGAUUCAAAAAAACAUAUUUUUAAUUUGUCGGACUUUUCUCUCUCUGAAACCGAAACAUUUGUCUUAGGUAAUGGUCUUGAAUUUUGUAUCCCACCACAACAAAUAAACAGAGAGGAACUUUUUGCUGAAUUCGAAAUUUUACACGCUAUUUGCCAGACACGAUAUUUCUGAUGCUUUGGAAUUUAACAAAUUACGAGCAGGACUAAGCGAUUUGGGGUACGCUUACAGUGGCUCUCCCAUUGACCACUCAGAUUUUCUUUUGCAUAGAGAACAUAUUCAAGCAUUAAAAUCUCUACGGUCUAAUAAUGUCAUCUUUAUUACUAAGCCUGAUAAAGGGUCAGGAGUGGUUAUUUUGAACAAAAAGGACUAGAUCCAAAAAAUGGAGAAUAUUCUCCUCGACAAAGAAAAGUUCGAAAAAUUGGGUGACGUCGAAACACAGGAUAAUACGGGCAAGCUUUAGCGGAAACUUCGAAAACGCCUUUUGGAGCUGGUUAACUCAAAAGUGUUGACCAACAAAGUUUAUGAUAGGAUAAGACCCACAGGUUCACAACGUCCACAAAUGUAUGGCCUCCCUAAAAUACACAAGCCGAAUGUCCCACUUAGACCCAUUUUGUCUAUGAUUGGCUCAGCACAACACGAACUGGCUAAGUGGCUUUCUGAAGUUUUGGACCCUGUUCUUCAAAAAUAUUCAAAACAUUGUACCAAGGACUCUUUUACGUUCGCUGAGUUCAUGCAAAACUUGAACAUCGAAAACGAAACAUCUUUCAUGUGUUCUUUCGACAUUAGCAGUUUUUUCACUAAUGUCCCUUUGAAUGAGACCAUCAAAAUAUGUGCCAACGCUUUGUACCGGAGCGAGCUUAAUAGCCCACCAUUCCCAGAGGAAGUAUUCAUUGAACUGACGGAAACUGCAACACGUUCAGUUGAAUUCAGCUUUAACAAUGAAAUGCACCAACAAAAGGAUGGUGUCGCUAUGGGUAGCCUACUGGAACCGGCCUUGGCCAAUAUCUUUGUUGGCUUUCAUGAAGAGCGUUUGUUUGACUGCGACCAAAAGCCAGGUGUCUAUUUUCGGUAUGUGGACGACACAUAUACUAUUUUCAAAACAGAGGCUGAGUGUGAUAUUUUCCUAAAACGCCUUAAUGGUCUUCACACAGCCCUACAUUUUACAUUUGAAAAGGAAGAAAAUAACUCCUUGCCAUUUCUGGAUGUUCUGGUUGAAAAAUCUGACACUGGUUUUCUCACCAGUGUACACCGUAAACCCACAUUUUCGGGGUUAUACACUCGAUGGAGUUUGUUUUGCCCAAAACAAAGAAAAAUCAGCCUCAUCGAAACGCUUACACAUAGGGCACUGAUGAUUUGUUCCAAGUCUAAACUCGACUCAGAACUUGAAAAGCUAACUAAAAUUUUUCUGGAGAACGGCUAUCCAGAAGAUGUUAUUUCAGUUUACAUUAAGGAGAAGAUAGAAAAUUUUUCGGCUGACGUAAAAUUUGGUCCUCAAAAGUGCCUGGUCUAUCUAAAACUACCCUGGAUCGGUAACUGCUCCCUACGUUUUCAAAGCCAAAUAAAACAGGCCAUAACAAAUUGUUUCUUCGCGGUUAACCCAUGUGUUGUUUACAGUACAAAAAGGCCCUUCCGUUCAUUCAAAAGGACUGCGUUCCUGCCACAAAAAAAAAAUUCUGUUGUUUAUGAAUUUACAUGCCAGUGUGAUUCUGGCUACGUAGGACGCACCACCCAAAGAUUGGAGGAUAGCAUAAAACAACACAUUCCAUCUUAUAUUAGAAACAAAACACAUCCCCAAAGAGAACAGCCACCUCGGUCUUGCAAAUCCAAAAUUACUACCAAAACCUGCGAUUCUGCUAUCAGGCAGCAUUUGCUAGAAAACCCAGAUUGUUCAAAAAACUAUAAUGGCGACAUGUUUCGGAUUAUUGGUAAAGCCCAGUCGUCGUUCCACCUAGCAGUUUUAGAAUCUAUCUACAUAAGCACGAAAAAACCGCUACUGUGUAUACAAAAGGAGUUUGUUUUCACCUUAGGACUCCACUGGUAACAUUCUAAUAGGCAAGCGGCACUGAUUGGUCAACCUUUACAGUCAUGUGCUCGUGUUUCUGAUUGGCCUAUUUUGAUCCACAACUGGUAAAUAUAUUUCUUAGCGUAGAGUUGUUGAUCUGACGUUUGACGUUUUAAACUCUGAAGAGUGUCAGACGAAAAGCUUUAGUUUACUAAAUGUUUGCUUUUUUCAAAGCCAUUUUCAAUUAACUUUGUUCAAGAGAAUGCAGAGGCCACAAAAGUAAGUGUAUGAUGCUUCAUCAAAGGACCUGACUUACUUGACUUAAUUCGAGUUUCCUCGAACAUCUUUAACCAGUUUCUUCCAUUCUUCUCUGUUUUCCAUCACGCAUUUGAUGUUGGUGCAAUCCAGUCCAGUAUCAUUUAACAGUUGGUCCAUAUAGGUGAUACAGGGUCUUCCUGGUUUCUGCUGGCUCUGUGUUGGUUGCCAGAGAAGCAGUUUGUCUUUUCUUCUCCAACAAUGUCCGACAAAACGUAAUCGCCUCUCUUGUAACACAAUUGACACUUUUGAGAGAUUUUCAUAUAAUCUUUGAUUUCAUAUAAUUUAUGCAUCUAAACAAUGUCUGACGUUUUAAACUCUGAAGAGUGUCAGACGAAAACCUUUAGUUUACUAAAUGGUUGCUUUUUUCAAAGCCAUUUUCAAUUAACUUUGUUCAAGAGAAUGCAGAGGCCACAAAAGUAAGUGUAUGAUGCUUCAUCAAAGGACCUGACUUACUUGAGUUAAUUCGAGUUUCCUCGAACAUCUUUAACCAGUUUCUUCCAUUCUUCUCUGUUUUCCAUCACGCGUUUGAUGUUGUUGCAAUCCAGUCCAGUAUCAUUUAACAGUUGGUCCAUAUAGGUGAUACAGGGUCUUCCUGGUUUCUGCUGGCUCUGUGUUGGUUGCCAGAGAAGCAGUUUGGAGAUCAGUUUGUCUUUUCUUCUCCAACAAUGUCCGACAAAACGUAAUCGCCUCUCUUGUAACACAAUUGACACUUUUGAGAGAUUUUCAUAUAAUUGCUAGUUAGUCUUGUGGUCUUUCCAUGACACCCCAAGAACAGAUCUCAGCAUUUUCGUGUAAGUACCAUCAAGACGAUCUCUCAUUUUUUUGUCAUCUUCCAGGUUUCAGUGCCAUAAAACAACACUUUCAACAGUUGACUGGAAGAACUUUAUCUUGAGAUCAUCAUUUAAAUUUGAAACCCAUAUAGAUCGGAAAGAAGAAAAACAGGUAACUCACUUAAUAAUUGUUUACAUGUAGGCCCACCAUUCACACCUUUGUUAUUUGAUAUAUUGUUAAGGUUUAGGGAGUUUGAAGUACCUAAGGUAGCAGAUAUUGAACAUUUGUUGUACAUUAGGUUGUUUACUGCAGCAUUAAUGGUGGGCCUGCACGUCUGCUGUUCGGUUGCUGAAGAGCAAGCUAGUCGGUUGCUGAAGAGCAAGCUAGUCGGUUGCUGAAGAGCAAGCUAGUCGGUUGCUGAAGAAGGGCCAGGGUGAGGUUAUUCUGACACCUCCAUUUAUGCCAUAAACAGAAGCUGUUCAUUCUUACUGGUGUCACCCAGAUCAGAGAGCAUCACCUCUUCUGUUUCGAAUUCCUUUUUCAAGAAUUUUAAGGAUUUUUCUACGGUGGCAAUUUUAGCCUCCGCAGACAUAAGGUGGCCUUUCAUUUUCACAAUUUCUUUUUGUUGUCUUUCCAUAUUUUAACCUUUUCUUUCAGGUCCUGGUUUAAACAUUUAAUCAUCAGUCUUAGUCUGUUUAUCUGCAUGGCAGUGUUUGAAAAAAUGUGGGUUGUGUUGGUUUCCAUCGUGCAAUAAUAAGAACCCAAGGAGGAACUUAAUCAUCUAGAGCUACGACAGGAAAGAAUUUCAAAUUUUGAUGUGACCAAAUCAAUGUAUUGUAAAGGGAAGAAUGAGAUUCAUUCAUAUAUGGAAAUAUGUAAUGUGAUUAGCAUUUUAGUUUAAGGAAAGAGUUGCUUACCGGAAACAUGUUUGAGUUACAAAGUGUCUUGUUUUAGCCCAGAUAAAUGCAAGGCAAAUUAUCUGCUGGUGAAAAGAGAAAAUAGAGUGAAGAAAUGAGAUUCAUUCAAACAUGUGAAAAUGCAUUGGGAAUAGCAUUUUGGUACAAAAAAUUGCUUAUUCUAAAAAUGUUCGAAUUUAAUAUUAAAUUUGGAACGUUUUUUGGUGUAGAGAUAGAAGGUAGACUGGAAAUAAAUAUGAAUUUCGAGAUAAAGAUGAAUAUAAUUAAAAAAGUAUAUACUUAAAGAGACUUACCAAGUUCAGUUUGAAUAAACGUCUUAGAAGCUAUGUUAAAGAAAAAUUGAAAUGUUUGUUCAGUUCUAUCCCUUUAUAUUCUUAUGUAAGAGUGUACAACAUGGUUUCCUUGAUGAUGGAAAUAUUGCUCUCAAGUUUCUUUUUUGCAUUUAGAGCAGUCCAGAUUUCGCCACUUGAUCGUUUGGUGUAUGAUUAACAAACAUAAGUUCUUAUGUAAUCUAGUUGUGGCAAAACCCUUACCUUUAAUUGGAUAAUCAUUACCAUUAAGAGGAGUCAAGAUUUCGCCACUUGGUCGUUUGGUGUAUGCUCUAGGACGACCAGGCUCUGCCAAUUUUCCGAAACAUGUUGUCAUUAUAGAGUUUCGGACAAUCUGGGGUCUCUAAAAGAGGUUGACCAAUGGCAGAAUAACUUGUUUUAACAGUGUUCUAGACCUACAAGUUCGAGGAGGCUGUUCCCUUUGAGGGGCAGUUUUGUUUCUUAUCUUGGAAGGAACAUGCUAUUUUAUCCUAUCCCCCAAUCUUUUGCGUCCUACGUAGCCAGAAUCACACUGGCACGUAAAUUCAUAAAUGACAGAACUUUUUUGGUUGGUAGGAACGCAAUCCUUUUGAAUGGAUGGAAAGGCUCUCCUAGAGCUGUAAACAAUCCAAGUAUUUUAUUUUGUUAAGCUGACUUCUUGCAAUUAGAUAACUACUUCUCUUUUAUAAUCUUAAGAUCACGAAAUUUAUCCUCGACUUCUUUGGAAAUUUGGUCAAAAAACUCUCCUAUUGCAUGCAUGGUCUCGCUGCAGUGAAACUAUUUCUAAAUGCCACAUUUCUGAAUCAUUCACUGGCUUUAUCUUAACAUGAAAAGAUGCCCUAUGUAAUGCAUAUUAAGUGAUGUAAUGGAUGCCCUAUGUAAUGCAUAUUAAGUGAUGUAAUGGAUGCCCUAUGUAAUGGAUAUUCGCACAAGGGAAAUCUUUGCUUUGUCAACUUUAAACUGAAUAAAGAACCUGUGCAAUUCUCAUCAAAUGACAUGACAUUCACCUUACUUGAUGCAACAAUUGAAUUUUUAAGCAGCAAAUUCCGUUUGGAUUAUUAUUAUUAUUACCACUUGUCCCCAGAUACAAGCAAACAGAAACUUUUUGUGAUCUUUGGAUAACUGGUAAGUGGAUAACUGGUAAGUUAGUUAAAGGGCCACUCCAGCCCAAAAUUUUUAUUUCAUAACACGAUGUAAUCAGACCCCCUGAAAACGAAUCUGCAAUUAUUCUUUUCAUAUCUCUUACCGUUUUGUAGUCAUAAGCGUUUGUAAAUUGGUCAUUGAGUUGAAUUGUUUUUCCACUGUGUUAUAAGAGAUCUUCGGAUUGACGUUACAAACAUUUUCGUUGAUUUUGGUGCAAAGUUUGAGUUUGAAAUUGCUGCACUAGUUCGCCUCCACAACCAAGACAGAGAAAUGAUUAGAAAGAUAGAUGAAGUCAAAUCAAGAUGCCAUUCAAUGCUACUAGAGGCAGCUCAACAAGUUUACACACGGCUUCAAAAGAUCACUUCAACGCUCUCAGCUAUCUUCGCCCAUCCCGGAUUUUAAGCCAAUUAGAAAGAGUGCCCUUGGCCCAACUUCCAAUGCUGCAUUCGAUUAAAGAGUGUAUGUCCACGAUUGACUCCCAAUAUAGAAGUAUAUUGCAUGUUAACUGGAGUGAGGAAUCUGUUUUUGCAAAUGGAAUUCCGUCAGAUGUUGUCCAUUUUUGGGUAGGAAUACUGGAAUAUAGCAACCUACUAGGAAAUAGUGCAUUUUGGGAGCUUGCAAAUCAUGCCCUUUCGUGUCUGACAACCCCAAUUAGUAAUGCAGUUGUUAAAGAGGAUAUUAGGUUUAUUUCAACCAAGUUUAACACGCAGAUUUCAAAACUUUUUUCCUUUUUUCGAUACGAUAUCUAGUUCAUGAAAUAUUCGGUUUUAAAUUCGGAAUUUCGCAUACUUCGAUGGCAAAAUUUGAACGCGGUCAGAAAUUUGGCGCCAGAAGUCUGUGACGUCAGAUGUUGGACAGAAUAAGAGUGCUUUGUUGUGUUAGAUUGCCACCUACACGUUAAAGCUUGGUUUCCACUAUGAGUUAACAUGAGUUAAUUUGAGAUAAUUUUGUGAUCUGACAUGGUUUAAAAAUUAUCUCAUAGUGGAAACGGUCAUUAAAAAUUAUCUCAUGAAAAUUAACUCGUGUUAACUCACGUUAUCUCAUGAGCUUGGAAACAAAAUUUUUUGAUUUCAAGCUCAUGAGUUAACUUGAGAUAACAUCUUAUCAAAAGAAGCCAAUGCGUGGUAGGGGAAUGUGCUAUAAUUUGCACUGAGGUUCUUACGCAACGCACUUGCAGUGAGUAUUACUUUAGAUGUUGAAAACAGUUUUCUUUACCAAAAAAAUUAAUUGUGAAAUAAGAGAAACAUUUUCUCAUUUCUAAGAUCCUGUUGCAAGUGGUCGUAUUCACCAAACGCAUAUCUUUUUUUGGUAGACUCUCCGUACCGAAAACCUUGGCGCAGAUCGCGAACAGCACUUCUAGCAAAAAAUAUUUUCCUUCUAAGUAUUCUCAAAAGCAGAAGUAAAAUAAGUUGUUCUUGUAAGACGCCCGCCAUAGCUGCAAGACUCAAAUAAAAUGUGAUUUCUGAAAUUUCAAUACUUAAUUCUAUCUCAAGUGGAAACCGAAUCGGUAACAUGGGUUAAUUUUGAGAUAGCUCGCGUUAUCUCACGCUAUUUCACAGUAUCUCAAGUUAACUUGAAUUUAGACCAUGAGUUAAUUUUCAAUUUAGCUCAGAAUUAUCUCACGUUAACCCAUAGUGGAAACCAAACUUAAGUGCGAAAUGAAAUCCGCUUGCAAUAAUUUCCUGUUGUUUACUUCUGUGACAAAUUAUCAGCUUUUUUGAAUAACUGUUGAAUACGUAUUCAGGAAAUUUCGUAAAGGUAAUUUUUGGAGGAUUUACGUUUGCCAAUAGCUUGCACAAUAAUGUUGUCACGUCCCUCAACUUCUAUACUAAUCUUUGUAUGCAUUAUUAUGUGUGUUAAUUAUUGAGAUUUCCGACUUUUUAAUAAUUGAAAAAACCUUUCGAGUUCACAAAAGUAUAAAAUAGGGGUGUCAGAUGCUUUCAGGCAGUUUUCAGUUCAGAACAUCAGCUCAAAACAACGAGAUUAGAAACAAGAUUUCGAAUUCAAAUCAAUAAGUAUGCAAGAACAAGAAUCUACAAGGCCGACAAACAAAAAAGUGAGACGUGGGGGGGCAAUAUUGCGUUGCCGGAUUAUCAAAUGGGGAGAGGUGUACAAACAGUAUUUUGACGUCAGGUAUUAGUAUGCACCGUUUUCCAAGUAAAAACCUCGAUUUGCGGAGGCAAUGGAUUCGUUUCGUCAGAAGACAUCAUGCCAAUUUCAAUCACCAAGCCUACUCGAUCGGCCCUUACCUGUGCUCAGAUCAUUUUGAGCGCUCUUGCUAUGAAAAACCGUUUGCUUUAGAGCUUCCUGGUUUUGACAGUUCCAAAACGAAGAGGACUUUAAAAAAGGAUGGUAUUCCAACUGUAUUCAACACACGAGGACAAAGCCAGGCAUUUAGUGAAUCGUCUUCAAAGGUGGCAAGAAACAGAAGAACUGUGAGUAUAAAAUAUACCUUUGAGCUUUAUCUAUGUACAGUCUCUAUGAAAAUGACUCUCAUCAUUCUCAGAUUCAAGGUUUACGUAAUUUUUUCAAUAAAGUGUUUUAACAAACUAUAUAUUAGUUUCUUAAAAUUUACCAUUUCCUCAAUUUUAGUUGUUAAGAGGAAUCAAACAGCACGAACACGCUAACAGAAAUGAAUGUGCUUCAGGACAGUUCAAUGAAGAGAUAGAAGAGGUUGAGGUAGGCGAAAAUGCGUUCACAAUUGGAGACUCUUUCACCAUCGGGGAACAGCACAACGAUUCUGAAGAACAUGUAGACGUUGUUCCAUUGCAGUGCCAAGUUCAUCUGACAGGUGCCCCCGUACACACAUGCCCCACAUGCAUAACCCCUCAACCAGAAGAGGUUCAAGGAAAUAUUAGGACACAUACGGCAAUACAGGUGGCAAUGAUGUGCAAGAAAUGACAGCGAAUGGAAAGUUGAUGAAGCAGACAGUUCUCCUAGUGACAUGUCAGAUAAUGAUGGGACUGAUUUUGAUGAUUAUGAUUAUGAUGAUACACAUAAAAAGAGGCAACAAGUGAGGUAAUGCUACAUAUUCUGCUGAGCCAAUUUUUCAUUAGCCAAGCAACAAAUAACAAAAAGUCCUUUUUUCCCUUCCAUAUGUUGUAUAAUAUUUUGACAAAAUUAUCAUUUUUAUGAGAUGUAGGGAAUGUCAGGGAAAUGCAUUAAUAUAUAUCUUUUUUGUAUCUUUAUCGCAGAAUUGACCAAAAUGCAACUCCAGAAAAAGAACCCAAGUUUAUUGUAUUUUAUACAAUGCUACUACAAGUCUUUUCAAUCCUCUGUUUCAAGUGUAAAAAAAAUAAGCCAGGAGUCAGAAUGGAGCAGAAUGGGACAAUGGUAACUGUUUAUCAGAGUUGCAUCGAAUGUGGGAAAGACUGUUGGAAAUGGAGGUCACAACCAUACGUUCUUGGUCGUUAUCCAGCUGGUAACAUCUUGCUUAGUCUCAGCACUCUUACAGCAGGAGCAUCAAUCAACAAACUGCUAUUAAUUUUCAGACACUUCGGCCUUGCCACUUACAGUGCACAUAAUUUUUUCCGUCAUCAAAAAAAGUUUGUUUUCCCUGCAAUUCUCCGUCACUGGGAGCUAUAUAGAGCAUCAUUGCUGACUGAGCUUCAUGGUGUUAAAAACAUUGUCCUAUGUGGCGAUGGUCGACUCGAUGGGGCAUUCAGCAAAAUAUGGCACUUACACGAUGUAUUGUGACAAUAUAAAAAAAAUCAUACACUUUGAAUUGGUUCAGUCAAAUGAAUGCAAAGGUAGUUCCAAUAUGGAGUUGCUUGGUGCUAAGCGAUGUUUUGGAUACCUAAAUGAUGCCGGGAUAGAGGUCUCCAAUUUUAUAUCAGACAGACACUGAGUGGCCAAAUGGAUAAGGGAGUCUUUACCACAUGUCUAUCAUUAUUAUGAUAUUUGGCAUGUUGCACGUACCUUAACCAAGAAUGUAACAAUAGCUAGCAAGGAGAGAAAUUGUGAGAUAUUGGGUACCUGGUGUUCAGCAAUCCGCAACCACCUCUACUGGUGUGCAACAUCGACAAAGGAAGGUUUUGGGAAACUCAUUGUGGCAGGCUUUCUCAAAUCACAUCCAGAACAAGCACAACAACCACGAAGACAAACUGUUUCAGAGGUGUGCACAUGGAGAACUAGAUCAUAAACGUAGAUGGAUUCUCAAUGGUUUGUAUCAUUUUGUCAAAUCACUGCAUUUUAUACAAAAUGUAGCCCCUUUCAUAAUUUAAUGGUUUUUUUAAAGAGACGCAAACACCGUUCAUUAAAGAUUCUAAAUGGUCUUGCAUCAAUUUUGAAACCUAAGAAAAUAAACAAUUGUGCUGAUUGUUAAACUUCCCAUAUACUUCUCCUUAACAGCUAACAUAAAAUAAUAGUAUUAAAUAUAUGUAAUUCAACAGGAACUACUGCAUAUGACAAGAUUCAGCCAAUUCUAAUGAAUCAAAGCCUUCUACAAGACAUUGCGAAAUUGUCAUCAAAUGCACAAACCAGCUGUCUUGAGGGUUACCACUCUACACUGAACCAAUGGCACCCAAAAAUGACACAUUACUCCUGGAUUGGCUCUCUGUGCAGGUACUUAUGACUAGAGAUACCAAUCAGUAAUUAAAAAUUACUGAGCAUUGUGCAUUGUAUUGUUUUUCACUAUACUAUCUUUACUACCUGCCAAGCUAUCUUUGGAGAAAAUUAAUUGCUGAGAAAAUUUGUCAACACUGAGUAAAUAACUGAAAUUUAAAUUUUGGAUAUUGUUGCUUCCUGUAAAUUGUACUUCUAGAGAGUUUAAAGUGCAACUAUGGCCGGAAACAAUUUUUUCAAGUUUAAUUAAUUUUGAAGUGCUUUUUUCGAAAAUUAAAUUAUUUUUUUUAUCAAUUUUUUGCACCACUUUUGUGGAAAAUGACUGGAAAUUUCGAAAUUUCGCGGUUUUUCUUGCACCAAACUGCGCUCAUUAGCGAUCUGGUGACUAAAGUGGCGUGACGUAGAAACCAGAACGCAUAGUUACCAAAACACCCAGAACCACACACAUUUGUUUAUCCUCGAAGUAAGAAAUUGUUGCUCUUUCAAAAUGCCCGAACGAUGUGUUGUGGCGGGAUGUUCCAAUGUCAAAGACUUGGAUAAAGGAAUUUUGUUGCAUCGUAUUCCAUUUUUUAACGAUGAGCGACCAGAAGCAAAGAAAAGGCGACAAAAAUGGAUAGGUUUUGUACAGAAAAGGGGUGCCAAGUGGGCAGCAACAAAGUCGUCGCUGAUCUGCUCAGCUCACUUCCUUCCCGACGAUUUUGUUAAUCGUUUUGCUGUUUUGCCUGGAACGAGCCUGAACAUCAAAAGACGUUUGGUAGAAGAUGAUUUUGGAAUCGUUUCCGUGCCAUCAGUUUACCCAGAAGAGACAGCAGCAAACAUGGCUUCGAAGCGUGUCCGAAGAAUGGUGCAUAUGUAGUGUUUUCUUAGGCCCAUUUUCCUCUAUUAUGUUCAGCAAUAUAUAACCGCAAAACCCAGUAAAUGGUUAUAUUAGUAAGGAAUAUGAAAUAAAUUUCAAUUAUAAUCAAGUUUAUCUGGAACAUUUAACGUUUUUGCAAAGAAAAAUAACAAUCCUGGCCAGGAAUUGGUCAGAUAGGCCUACUGUGUAAGGAUAAUCAUGGCAUGUUCUUGGUGCAAAGAUAAAGGCAAUUUUCACUAUUUUACCUUCCAGCAGGCAAUUUUACUGACUGACAAAUUAACUUUGGGAGGCCCUCUAUACACCUCUGGCAAAAACACAUAUAUGGAGAUAAUUUUCUAGUUCUUUUGACUUUAAUUUGUAAACUUAUUUUCUAGUUGGUUAAGUCUGUUCUAAUUAGAGAAGAGGUUGAAAGAGAUGCAGAAGAUGAGGACAGUCCACAAGCAGCCAGUGAAUCUGAUCAGGAUGUGCAGCUUUCAGAUGAGUCAGCUGUUCAAAAGGUAAUGUUGGCUGGCUAUCAAGGAUGCAUAGGGAUAUAUUUAGUAUGAAUUAACAAGUUAUAAUUAUAUUUGAAAUUAUCACAUAAAAAUAUCACAUAAACUUUUCCUAAAGAAGCGGGAAUUUUUAUUUAAAUUUGCUGCACCCUUGAAUCUAUCCCAAUUUACAUUAUUUGAUCAAUUUUAACUGGAUGUGUCAAUUUUUGCUGAAAAUUCUGUUAAGUAGAGUUUGCAAGCAAGUCUCUGCAGAUAUAUUAUAAGCACAUUGUCUCCAUAGCAACGCGAUUUUGGGUGUCAAGCUGAAUCUCCUUGCAUAUCAUGUACAAAGCUGAAAUCAGUGGAGAAUAAAUUGACGCUAUGGAAGAGAAAGUGGAGGCUGCUGCAGUGGAGACUGAGGUAUCAAAAGAGCAAGCAAGCAUUAAAAGCCAAUCCGCCAAAGAUUGUUUCUGCCACUAAGGAGAUUGAGGAAGAAGAUUUGGACACUGAAGAUGACAUACAUUUCUUUGAAACUGAGGAUGAAAAUGAUGAGGAAUAUGUCAUAGAUAAUGAAACCAGGUAUGCAUUCUUCCUAUUUUGAUAAAGCAUUUGAGCUAUUUUGAUCUAUUGCUAACAAUUAUUCUCAAAAAUCAAGAACCAUAUUAUUAACACUGUACUAAAAAAUGUAUGGAACAUCAGUAUGUAGCAGUCUGCCUACAGUCAUUUAUCUAAUUAUAUUUUAUCUCUUUUUCAGCCCUUAUAUUGACAUAGAAGAUGGUAGAAAUCUACGAGAGCAAUCAAAGUUCAUUGUUUUUCUUUCAAAUCUCCUGCUUUUGUUUACUUUCUGCCCUGCAUGCAAAGCAGACGAUCCGCUCAUUGAAACAAGGCAAAAUGGGACAAUGGUGGAAGUGAAAACAAUCUGCGGAAACAGUAGGUGCAAUAAAAGAGAAAAUGUCUGGAAAGGUCAGCCCUUUUUUGAAAAAACAAAACUGCCUGCUGCCGAUCUUUUGUUGACCUUUGCAGUAGUGACAGCUGGAGCAACAUGGGCAAAAAUUGAGAGAGUGUUUCGCCAUAUGGGAAUAUUCGUAUUUCAACGUCAGUAUUGUAGGACAAGUGGCUUGGGGGGUUUAAUUUCUGAUCGUUUUCUGAAUGUGAAACCUGUUACAAUGUAUGUACUUGAAACCACUCUUUUUUCAAAAAAAUCAUAGGUGUAGAAAAGUGAAAAAAAUUGCAGGACAAGGAAAGGAACAAAACUACUGAAAAGUGUCAAAUUAGGAGAAAUUACUUAUGCAAUAUUAGCUUUCAAAUUCUUCAAAAAAUUAGUUUUCAAAUGACUGUAAUCAAUUUUCAUAGAAAAUUUUAUUGCUAAAGAGUUACAAUAAAUAAAAAAACGAAAUCCCUAUUAUUUCUUGUCACUCGGCUGGUAGAUCUUCGAAUCCUGUGUAUUCUUCAUCUGUGUUGAAUACAUUUCUUUUGGAGAAAUUCGCACAAGCUGGCAAAGGUGUUCUUUUGCUCCCAAUUACCCCAUGCACUAGUCGCGUAAAUUCACGAUAUGCCACAGCACGUAGAAAGCUAGAAAAUGAAAAAAUUCAAACUUUUGAUUUAUAUUUAAUGUGCAAAAAAGAAAAGCUUUGGAACAAUAUAUCAAUUAGGAUAGAUAUAUGUUAUCAAUGUAGACAAAUAACUAUGUUAUCCUUACGCUUUGUUUGACCGCAGCUGCAAAUAUUGCCUUUUUUGCCUGGUUUUGUACCUGGUGGAAGCAAGCCUGAGGGACCACUUUGACAGACAACAUGCUGCAAAUCCACGGUGUAAUGUGAUGCAACUAGGAGGGCUACCAACCUCUGCUUGGACCAAGUCAUCCUCCAAAGUAUUAGUGCAUUCUGGUAUUUCUUUGCAGCAGUAACACUCCAUUGGAUUUUUAAGG